GCGUCUUUUUAGAUUCAGUUUGCUGCUUUCAAUGUCUCGGAAAAGGCCCUCCAGUAGUGCUGAAAGUUCUCAUGCAUCACCCUCGAAGAAAAAAGUAGCAGAUAAAUCACCCGAUAGAUUGAGCAACGGUGUCUUAAUAUUCGACGAUUUCCCGGACUUUCGGCCAAAUUUAACGCCGAAAGAGGUGCUUCAACUGGGAAGUUUUGGUGGGACUUAUUUUCGACCUAUCUACUCAAGUGUAACUAAACAGCAUUAUAAUGACGAAGUCUGGAAAGAGUUACCCGAUGACUGGCUGGAAGGCUUAACUAUAAAGAAGCAUGUGGCUAGUCCUCACUAUGAUGAAAAUGUUAAUAAGUAUAAAGUAAAAUGCGGAGGAUCGCUUGAAAUGUGGGAAAGCAGCGGAUGGAUGCGAGCUUGUGAUCCUUACGGAUGGUUUCAGUGGUAUUGUCGGUUCUACCAAGGUCGCCGAUGUGAUGACGAUGAGCGACAAGUUGGGCGAUGGAUGAAAAGCACCGGUCCCAGAGGUCGUUGGAAGAAUAAUCUAAUCAGUAAAAUUGCCAAAUCAGGAAAAAACUUUGACGAUCCUUCGAUAUCACCAGUUGUGCGGCAGGUCUUGCAGCAUUGGGGAUAUGUGUUAACGAAGGCAGAUUUUGAUGCAACCAAGAGUAAAUUUCAGAAGUGAAAACUUUGGAAUAUUUCACCAUGUUCAGUAACUCACAGCUUUUGAUCAAUUGAAUUGCGUUUUUUAUUCGAAGUGGAAUCGUUUGAUUGAGAAAAUAUUUGU